UUAUGGCAAGAGCCCUGUACGAUAAUGUCCCUGAAUGCGCAGAAGAGUUGGCCUUCCGCAAAGGAGACAUUUUGACAGUGAUAGAACAGAACACCGAAGGUCUUGAAGGAUGGUGGCUCUGCUCCUUACAUGGCCGGCAAGGCAUCGUUCCAGGCAACCGUGUGAAACUCCUGAUAGGUCCAGUGGUACAGGACAGUCCUGGCCAGGAUAUGUCCAAUUCAGGAUUGAUGCAUCAAUCCUUCAACCAGCAAAAGAUCUACCAAGUGCCAAGCUCACAUGCCUCAGCACGGGACCCUGUCUACCAAGUGCCACCUUCCCAUCUGAAUCAGGGAAUUUACCAAAUACCCACUGGUCACGGUCUAGUGGGACAAGAUAUUUACCAGGUGCCACCCUCCAUGCAGAGAUGUAUUGACGGUCCAGCUUUGACUAACAAGGUAAUAACUCCAGUCAGGUCGGGACAAGGUUAUGUUUAUGAAUUCCCUUCCAAAUACCAGAAGGAUACCUACGAUAUCCCCCCUGUUCGCCCUCUCCAAGGGAUCUAUGACAUUCCCCCCACAUCGGUUAAGGGGCCUGCACUUCCAGUUCCCAUGGGAGAAGCAAAAGCUUUAGGAGUCUAUGACAUACCACCUGCCAAAGGGGUCUAUGCUACACCUCCAUCUGCAUGCCGAAAUGAUACAGGCCCGAGGGAAAAUUUGCAGGGUUUUUCAUCUCCGGUGGGCCACAGUGUAAGACCAGAAGGAGUAUAUGAUAUUCCUCCUCCCAUCACCAAAGCAACUGAGAAAGAACUUAAUAAAUUUUCUCCCGAGAGCCUUUUAUUGCCAGAUGGAGUGCCACAGAAACAGAAUGUUUAUGACAUCCCUAUGAACCAUCAAAACCAUUUUCUUGGACAGCAAAUUGCAGCUCAAAAAGAUGUUUAUGAUACCCCAAGGGGAAUUCCAUUCCCAGGACAACAGACAGGACUCAGUGAAAGUCUCAUCCCAGAAGGAAGAGAAGGUGUCUAUGAUGUGCCACCACCAGUCCUCCAAGACACUAAAGGCUUACAGGAUGUGACUGAUGGGAUAAAUAGGUUGUCUUUCUCCAGCACAGGAAGCACAAGGAGUAACAUGUCCACAUCUUCAACAACAUCAAAAGACUCUUCUUUCUCAGCAUCAACUGCACAGGACAAAAGACUAAUCCUUGAUCCAGACACAGCUAUAGAGAGGCUUUAUCGCCUCCAGCAGAUGGUGGAGACAGCUGUCAAUAACCUCAUGGCCUUCGUUACAGCAGACUGGCGGUCUUAUGCAUAUAUGGAGAAACACAUCAAUGAAAUUCACACUGCUGUAGAUAAGGUAGAGCAGUUGCUGUUGGAGUACCUCCAGUUUGCGAAAGGAUCAGCAGCCAAUGCUUCCUGCUUAUCUGAGUUCAGCCUCCUUAACAAAAUGAGGAGGGAGGUGCAAAGGCUGGAGGAUUCUCACCAGAUCCUUACCCAAACCAGUCACGACUUGAACAGCUACAACUGGUCUUUGAAUGUUCUAGCUGUCAACAGACUGCAGAACAAGUGUGAUGACCUGGAUCGGUUUGUUAUGGUGGCAAGGACAGUCCCAGAUGAUGCCAAGCAACUAACCACUACCAUCAGUGUCAAUGCAGAGGUGCUCUUCAAACAGGCGUUGAGCAGCUCACGUUUCAAAAACAUACCAGAGAAUAUCAUGAACACUCCUGACUAUGUAUAUGACAAUCCUCAUAUGCAGCAUCACGGAGAAAAAGCACAGAACCACUGCAGUUCCCUUCCUCCGCUCCUGAGUAAAGGUCAGCACCCACACAAUACCACCAGUGACAGCUCGGAAAAGAGCUGGAUGGAUGACUACGAUUACGUUCACCUGCAGGGGAAAGAAGAGUUUGAAAGGCAACAGAAGGAGCUGCUGGAAAAAGAAAAUAUCAUCAAGCAGAGCAAAAUGGAGCUAGAGCACCAUCAGAUUAAUCAGUUUCAACGUCUGGAGCAAGAGAUCACAAAGCCGGUAGAGAAUGACAUCUCAAAAUGGAAGCCGCCUCAAGCUCUCCAGACUGCAAACAGCACCGCCGCCUCCCAUGACAGCCAGCUGCUUUUAUUCUAUUCUGACCAAUGUGAGACUCAUUUCAACUCCCUCCUAAAUGCCAUUGACGCCUUUUUCAGUUGCGUCAAUGCUUCUCAGCCCCCCCGAAUCUUCGUGGCUCACAGCAAAUUUGUCAUUUUGAGCGCUCACAAACUUGUGUUCAUUGGGGACAUGCUCACGAGGCAAGUGACGACCCAGGACAUAUGCAACAAAGUGAUGAACUCCAGCAACCAGCUGUGUGAACUGCUGAAGAGUGUUGUUCUGGCUACCAAGAUGGCUGCCUUGCAUUACCCCAACACGGCAGCCCUACAGAAGAUGGUGGACCGAGUAACAGAGCUGUCUCACCACGCACAGUUGUUCAAACUCUCGCUGGUCCAAAUGGCGUCCUUAUGAAACCCAGUGGAAUCCAAUCCAUGAGCAGCAAAACAGAAAAGCAAAAAAACUGGAGCUAUUUUUAUUUUAAUGUAACCCUUUUUUUUUUUUUAGAUAUUUUUAAUGAAGUAUUUUAAAUACAUUCUUACGCGUUAGAGAAUCUAAUGAAAUCAGGGAUCUGGGAAUAUAUCUGGUUCUGUAUUAUGUUUCUAAUACACAUUUAGAUAUGUAUACACUGCAUAUAUGUAUAUGUUGCUACAUUCCCUAAAACAUCAAUUAAGCACCUUAAAAAUUACGCGUCGGGUAAGCAGUGCGUAUCUUUUGUAUAUACUGCCUGUUUCCUCAGUAUAUUUGUUAAGUGGAUGCUGCACUCUUCUUGUUUCAUUCCAUCUCGAUUUUGGCACAUGGACUUGGUUGUGAAACCUACUUGUAGCAAUCCAUGAAGCAAGUGUAAUGGUUCUCAUAGAACUCCAUUCCCUUCUUAGAAAUUACUUUCUAUAGGUUAAUUCCAUGAAAUUUAACUCUCCUCUUGACAUUACUUUGUUAUGUACAGCGUUUGAUCAUUCUGAGUAGCAUAUAUGCACAACUGCAACACGCAGCACAUCAAGCAAGGCAUACGGCAUUUGGGAGAAAAGCGUUUUUAGGCCAUAUAAGAAACAGAACCUUCUAAGGAGGAAGGCAGAGUCGUAUGUAUUUAAUAUCUUGUGGCAUUAAAAUUCCGCUGUUUCUAAUAACUGUGCAACGUGGGAUUUUCAAACGUGGAUGGAUUCCCAGCAACGUAAAUUCAUACACGUUUACCUUGUAUGACCUUGCAUUGGCAAUUAAAUUUAACAGUCGGGCUCAAAUGCCGUAUUGUUCAUGGACUCGGAGUUAUCCUGAGAGCAUCCCAGGAUCCACUGGGCUCAUCUCUGAGGCCGCAGAUGAGCAAUGUCUCAAAAUACCAGUCCCUCCCAGAGGGAUUAACGUACAAAUUGUAAUUCAUAUGGAAAGAAAACAGCUUAAUUUGAAAUAACAGAUAUUUAAACAUCUCUAUAGCAUAUACACAAUUUAAUGAAGAAAUAGCACUUAUUUUUCUAGGACAUAUUCUUGGGAAUUAAUUGCAUCUAUUGCAAUUCUGACUUCCAUUCAACUAUUGGGCUUUUUUCCAAAUUCUGUUGCAUAGGUGCUGGUCCUUCUGCACUACACUGUUGCCAAAAAUGGCCUCCCGUUUUAAUGGGGCCAUUCCUUCAGUAAGUACACACAAUCCCACCCAGUAAUUUUCAAUUUAGACCCUUAAAAAUUGUUAGCAGAGUGGUACUCCUUUAGAAAUUUCACGUAUGCUGGCUGCUCCAACACAUGUAUUAACUUAUUUGUCUUUGUUGCCUUUUGUAAACCCCCUAAAAAUAAGGCACAGAACACCAGUUGCCUGCGGUCCUCAGACUAGAAGCCGCGCUUCAAAGUAGACAAUAGCUCAGGUAAAUUCCAGGCGAUUCUGGUGUUUUUAAAGCAGAAACACUACUGUCCUUGCAUAAUUGAAGGUAGUCCCACAUUGAUGCGUUCUGAGUGUUUGCCAUCAGCGAGCGGAUCGCUGGCAAAUACACACUUGUGAGAUCGGUAGCAGCUAAAAAACAGGCACACUUCUGCCUAACUUUUUGCUUUCCCAGUUUGUAUCCGAACACGUGCCUUAUUGAAAUGGGAUUUGUUGUCUUAGAUAACAAAACCAUUUCAGCAGCAUAUGAAAUCUUGCAGCCUUAACGUAUCGUCUCAGAGUGAGGCUACCGUAACGUCGCUUCCCCAGUCUGCAGAAUGUUCCCAGGAAGGCCAGCGGGAGCCAGCACAACCUCACCUGGCCCAGAAUCGGCUCCGGGGCUUGGCUCUGGCGUAACAUCCAGAAAGGGUGGUUACCCUAUUGUAACCAACAGCCGGCUGCCAAAAAGCAAUCCACGUGAACCUGUUUUGUACUAGUGUUGUUUGGGAUUCUUUUGGAUUUCCCUGUCCAUUUUUUUUCACUGUAUAUUCUUAGAAAGUGAAAAAGUGUUUUGAAGCUUAGUGGUUAUGUUGGUAGUUUGUGCUUUCAAAAGGAGAACCUGUAUUGCAAGCCUGUAUUACAGUUUGUUAUCUUGUAGAGAGUCAUUUU